CCUAAAGAGAAAUUCGUUCUGUCAAAUUUCCGAAGCGCAAAAUCUGAUUCUUUCCCCGCGGCUUUUUCUGUUUACUGGUGCAGAAGUUCUGCAGAAUUGAAGACUGUUUUCCAAAAUUUUAUUUAUUGUCUCGAGCAAGUGUAAAAAAACAUACCACUACGCAAUGGUUGAGAGAAUUGAGGACCUGAAUCUACCCAACUCGGUGGUGACCCGUUUGAUGAAGGAAGCUCUUCCCUGCGACGUAAAAAUCGCAAGCGAAUCCCGAACGGCGCUGACGAGAGCCACUUCCGUCUUCGUUCUGUAUCUGACCUCUGCGGCAACUGCGGCGGCCGAAAAGAGGAAGCAGAAAGUCCUUACCGUGGAUCACGUUCUGGCCGGUUUGGAGGAAAUCGAGUUUGACAGCUUCAUAGAACCGCUCAAGAAGGACCUGGAAACCUACCGGAAAACUAUGAAGAACAAAAAAGAUAAAAAAGGUGACAAAGCGGAACAUGAGGAGCCCAUGGAAGAAGGAGACGAGGAAGAUUAGUGUAAGAAUAUCUGUAAUGUGUUAGAUGUACGUUUUGAAUAAAUAUUUAAUUAAACAGCUUAA